GACUCGCGAAGUGCCGAAUGCUGCCCGAUGAGGCUUGAACAACCCAGGCCUAAGCAGCUGUUGAAAGCAAAUAUAACUGUGUCUUUUACUCUGCGUAUGACAGCCAGAACUGUAGAAGUGGAGGUCACGACAGCAAACCUGACAGCAAGCCGUUUGUCAAAUUGUUGCGUUGCGUUUGCCCCGUCACUCGACACAAACCAACCACAAGGCCCGUAAGGCAAUAAAUCAACUCAACAUGCACGGCCGAAAACGCGACCUCAACAAUGGCCAACCAGGGUUCAUCACUGUGCCUCUGCUCGCACACCGCGACCGCGACGCCAGCUGGACCCCGAGUGUCAUGCCACAGCACCCAAAUAUGCAUACUCGCUGGCAGAAUGGCCCGGCUCUGGAGCGCAGAGCCCAGUCCGGCCCCCGCGCGCGCCCUCCUAUCGGCGCGGCCGGCCUCGCCGUUGGCCGGCAGCGAGAUAAGUUCGUGGCGCUGCCUGAAGAGGCCGAUGACACGACGCUGCCGCUUAUCGAGGAGCCGGCGGAGGUGGUGCCUGCGGUGCCCGACACGGAGGGAAUGCACAUGUUGGGGGCGCUGACAGCGGCGACGCUUCCGGCGCCCGGUAUCUUUGAGGACCUGCCUCGGCCAAUCGAGCCCGCCUGGCGAGGCCGCAUCACAUUCUAUUGUGUGGCUGAGAGCUUCGACCGGAAAAAGCUGGAAGAGCUCCUGAGGCUCACCUACCCACCCGGCACGAUCCGCUCCUUCCCCGACGUGUUCUAUGUGGAGUACAUCAAGGGAGCGGAGGGGCAGCCGGGCGGGGACGUGUUCUUCUUCGACUACGGCGUAGUGGCCUGCUGGGGCAUGACCAAGACGCAGGAGAUGACCAUCGUGCGCGGCAUCGCCACACAGUGCAUGGAGUCGCCGCUGCCGGAGCAGUGGAUUGAGGUGGACGAGUUCCAGUUCAGCUUCAGUCACGAGAAGCAGCAGCACGUGCAGAACGACACCGUCACGUUGCACCGGCGGUACGCGCAGGACUACAAGAUGAAGCUGUCCAUCAGCUACGCGCUGGCUCAGUCCACGAAGCUAUCCGUGUACGAGAAGCGCGUCACCGAUGUGGUGCUGGAGACCAAGAACCUACCCGAGGCGCUGGCGGAGCACGGCGAGGUCGCCAUCAGCGGCCACGACAUUGCGCGGCUCAUCGGCAAGGUGUUCCUGCAGAAGAGCGCUGUCAACCUGCUGGGCAGUGUGCUGGGCACGCCCGAGUUCUUCUGGCACGCACCCGACUCCUUCCAGGCUCUGUACACGCGUGUGACCGAGUACUUGGAGCUGGACAGCCGCGUGGAGCUGCUCAACAGCCGCUUCGCAGUGCUGCAGGAGAUGCUGGACAUGCUGCGCGACCACCAGAACAACCACCACGGCGUGCGGCUGGAGUGGAUUGUGAUCUGGCUCAUCCUGGUGGAGGUCAUCGUGGGCAUGUUCGAGCUGCUGGGGCUGUUCGGCAUCGUGGGCAAGCACUCGUGAGACAGAGAGUGUGUGUGUGGUGACGGCGCGGGUUUCCUUGACUCUUGAGGUGCGAGCUGAAGAGCACAAGAACAAAUAAACUUGUAGUUGUGUGCGCGUGUGUAUAAAACAACAACAGGACGAAGCCCAUAUGUGUGUGUGUGUGUGUCAACCUAAACAGGCUAGUGAAUAGCAUAGCCUUAAUGGCCUGUAUGGCACGUUCCUCAAGCGACCAGCGCAUUGAGACACGCGCGUGGGGCUGGCCCCAUGGGCUGGCCCGAGAACGUUGGUUGGAUGUGCAUCUACGCGUGCACACCUGUUUGCGCAUGUUGCGGUAACUGUACCUGUGUGACGAGAACACCAAACUGCUUUCAUCUUGCUGACCCAACAAUGUUGUAGCCGCGGGCGCAAAUGCGCCGGGAUAACACCAGGCGGCUAGAUGUUGGCGUUUUAGAGGACUGCGUGGGUUUGGCCCAAAAGACUGUAACGAGUGAAGUGAUUGUGGUGUUGCGCAGUCACGGCAUGGCGGCCUAGCAGCUUGGAUGCGGGACAGCAGGAGUCUAGAACUGUGCAUGCGUGUGUUUGGACAAAUAGCAGAAGUGGAAAAGGAUGUGCGUGCAUCUGCGUGCAUGUGUAGAUGUGGACGUGUCGCAUCAUGUGCAGUAAGAGGGCAGUGCCGUGCGUGUCUGCGUGUGCAUGCCAACAUGCGGUGGAGGCGGUGGUAAGCUGGUCCAGGGCCGCGCAUGGCAUUUGCAAAGCGCUUGCAGGAGCACAACACAAUGUGCCAGUGCGGCCGUAUGAGGGCUGUGACGUUGUUGGCAGGCAUGGGAGGGCGGAUGCACAGGCGUUCACUGGGGCUGACUGGGGCGCCCUUGAGGGCUGAUCCAGGGCAGACGUCGCUCGCGCUUGUAACCAAUGCAUUCU